CAAGGGCCUUAGUUAGGAAACUGCAAACAGUCUUACCUAAUUGCUCUUGCCACGUUUGUUGGCCUAAGCUCAAUGGCGUUUUCACUUCCUUCUCAGUACUGCAGAACUCCUACCAACUCUUCGGAUCACCCUUCACUCCACCUACAACCCCAAUCACCUUUACAGCGAGGAAGUAUGCUCGGCAAGGUCAAAAGGGCUUUUUCGACGCGCAAGUCAUCGACUUCGAGUAAUGAUCAUUCGGCGCGAGGGACAGCGGUCACGGGUCAGACACUGAACAACACGUUUACAGCUGCGCCGGUCAGCCCCAAAAGGGCUGGAUCCCGUAACAGCGGCCUCGCACCACCACCUUCGGCUGCUAGCCCAUUUACCUCCCCAUCACCAGCUACAAGAAGGCCAGGUAGCACAGCGAUGAACGCCUCGGGAUCUAACAACGAAGCCCCGCCGGCCUAUACACCAGGCCCAGCUCAAAAUGCAAGCGCAUUCCAGUCAUCGUCUAUAACAACGACUUCAGACUCUGACCCCUACGCUUUCCUUAGGAGCUUUGAUACUAUUUUCUUGAUCAUUGUCAUCACCGAUGGUGAGCCCUCUGACGAUGUUGAGUCUCCCAUUAUUCAGACUGCCAAGAAGCUUGAUAAGCUCGACGCGCCUGCCUGGCAAGUCGGUAUCCAGUUCUUCCAGGUGGGCCGGGAGCCCGGUGCGCGUGAACAUCUCAAGCAGCUUGAUGACGGGCUUGCCGAAUUGGCCGAGGACGAUAAUCUUAGAGAUAUUGUGGAUACCGUUCCUUUUAGUGGUGCAGAAGGCGAGUCACUGACUGCAGCGGGUAUUCUCAAGGUGGUCAUGGGUGCAGUUCACCGCAGGUUGGACAGAAACUCCAGGGAUCUGCACAGGAAGUAGGGAUUCUCCCAACUUCCCCUCCAAGCAGUUGCAUGACUGGUGUUGCAGAUGGUUGUAUGGGCUUUGCGAGAAGCAUAUGUGGGGGAGGGUGUCGUGUCUGCCUUGCAAUAGUCAACACUGCGGGGUACCACUACCAGAAUACAUUGGCAUAUACGUUUUCCAGAUAUGAAUCCUGGCGCUUAUCGGGUGGGUCUGAUUGCUGUCUCUAUGGCGUUUGUGGGGAAGUACAUGGGAUCGUAGGUCUCCUUUUUGGGCUUCAGGCGCAUGCAUAUGAUACCCCCCUUUUUCUCUGCUGCAUGGAACUGCAGGCAAUACAAAUUGGGAGGCGGUCUGCUUUUUUCAAAGGUAACUAUUAGAUUUUUAUGUCUUUGGAGUUUAGGGAUCGAGCAAAGUUUCUCUGCUCGAGUAGUAGUUUGGUUAAUUCAUCCAUUCGUUCACCA